UCAGGCAAGAACGUUUGACAAAAAAACGCAGGGAGGUGAACACGCCGCCGUAGUUCGGAUAAAGUCAAUUCAAGCCCAUUUUUUCCCCGAUUGAAGCUUAGGUAUAUUUAAGCUCCGUGCCCCCUGAAAGAUUCAACCACAGUACAGUAGGUACCAAUUCCCACAAAAAGGAAGACAAUCUUCCUCUCCGAGUAUGGUUACGUUUCCGACAAAAGGAAUUAUCAGGGGACCGAAUUCUCCAAUGCUCUCGACAAACGCAAAUCACAAUGCUACAUCGAGCAAACCUUGAUUGAUCUGUCCAGACCUCUGGAAAGACCUUCUCAAAUCGCUAGUCCGCUGGCCACCACUGCUGAGGUAUUUUAUAUAGCUUGCAAAUACAUCUUAUAUGCAUUCAUAGUCUUAAGGCUGCCUGCCUGUAUCUACCUGUCUGUUGGAAAUGGUCAUCUAGGUUCAUAUUACCAGAAAUUUGGACUUCUUGGUCUGCCUUCCUUAUCCAGAGAUCGAGAUGCGGAUUCCUCGUCAUCCUUCUUGAGUUGCCCCUUCGGCUUGGCCCACGUCCAGGGGGAUCUUGAAUAUGAGGAAGCUGGACAGGUGUUGAUAUGGGAUUUGCCGGUUUGGUCCCUCAACACCGCUACCAGUGCCAGACGGCCACGAUGAAUAUAGUGACCGGAUUCGCUGCUAUCCAGUAAUAAAGAACGGAUGGCAAGACCCUGAGCGUGACUCCUGAUUCCACGGGCUUGAAGAAUGGGGGAGGAAAAUAUGGUCUGACGGCGAAAUGCGUAAUACUAAACUUCAAACCGGCGAGGACUAAAUUACUGUGGCUGGUACGCAAAGCAGCGUAAGGAAUGAGAUGGUGGUGAUGGAGUCAAUGUUUACGAUGUGAUAUCUUUGCAUCGCGCUGUUGAGUUAGAUUGUAUGCCUGUUCUUGUAGUCUCGUUCUAAAAAAUCACUCUCGAAGCGCACAAACUGGGUGCGGAGCAGCACCUUCAAUUGCCUAAUCGGACCAUCACAUGACCAUUCAUCAGCAUGCUGAAAUUAACCAACAUCCAGCGCUUAACUCUCAAGGCCAUCACUCAACAACGAUCAACAUCAGUAUGCGCCAAAUUUCAAUGGUUAUAAAUGAGGCGGAACUAUGAAAACAGACAGUACAAUUCAAACAGAGGAAUGUCCUCUUAUACUCCGCUCCGCAACGAGGGAGACAGUGAACCUCCAAAGAAAAUGACGACCUUCGUCUUGCUGCGUCGGCGCUUACAAUGGAGACACAUGCUUGGCUUUCUGGCUGUUGUCACUCUAAGUCUCUGGCUUCUAAUGUACGCUCGUGGAGAGUCGGGAGAUCAACACAAGUUACCUAUCAAGUUAGGCAAUCGACCUAAGGUCACAUUACGUCAAGGGCGUUUCCUGGGUGUUGAGCUUGAGGACGGGUAUUCGCAAACGCUAGAAGCGUUUCUGGGUGUUCCAUAUGGGCUAUCAACUGAAGGUCUGAGGAGAUUCAAGGCCCCUGUUCGUGUUGAUGCUUCGGAAAUGGAAUUCGAUGCAGGGGAAUUUGGUGACAGAUGUCCCUCUGGCGCGGGAGCCGGUCAGAGCGAGAAUUGCUUGAAUCUUAAUCUUUACAGACCGAAAACGAGAAAUCCUGGUGCGAAAUUGCCUGUUGCGGUACACAUUCACGGCGGGGCUUUCAAUGGCGGUAUUGGAGAUAGUUCGUGGCAACUUUCCCACUUCACGGCAUGGUCGGCUGAGCCAAUGAUCGCGAUAUCUUUCAGCUACCGAGUUGGUGCUCUCGGAUUUCUGCCUUCUAAAAUUAUGGCAAAGGAAGGCCUGUUGAAUGCUGGAUUGAAAGACCAAGAGUUGCUGCUUGAAUGGGUACAGGAGAACAUUGAUGCAUUUGGAGGCGAUCCUGGCAAUGUGACUAUUAUUGGUUCAAGUGCUGGGGCACAUUCAAUUGGUCACCACCUGUUGCACAACACAGACAAGGCCCCUCCAUUCGCUCGAGCAAUCCUCGAGUCUGGAGCCGCCACUGCAAGAGCAGUCUAUACCUACUCAAACCCCCUCCACGAGAUACAAUUCAAGGAAUUCCUCGUCGAGCUCGGCUGCGACUCCGUCCCUGAAGAACGUCUCAUCACCACUCUUCGCGGCUACAGCACCUCCGAGAUCAAACAGGCCUCCGAAGCAAUCUUCAAUAAAUACAAUCCCUCGGUCCGCUGGCCAUUCCAACCAGUUAUCGAUGGCAAGGGUGGCAUGAUACCCAUCCGUCCCAUCGAUGCUUGGAAAGCCGGCAAAUGGCACCAGGUCCCCAUCCUGACCGGCUACAACACCAACGAAGGUACAUCUUUCGUGCCCUCAAACGGCAAAACAAAUAAGGAUUUUACAGAUUUCUUCACCACGCUGCUGCCCGGUUUAAGAAAGAGGGACAUUUCCGAGCUGGAAGACGUCUAUCCUGAUCCGACGAAGGACCGCCAUUCAAAGUACGUAGAGAAACGUCCAGGUGUCGGGGCACAAUUCACACGCAUGGAGCAAGCAUACGGGCACUUUGCCUACAUCUCUCCCGUCAGACAGACAGUGCAUUACGCAGCACCAGGCCCAGCUCCCAUCUACCUGUAUCAUUUCGCCGCAAGCAGCAGCGUGAAGGGCGGCGCGGCACAUGGGAAUCAUAUCCCGUUCGUGAUGCACACUCCUGGUGUGAAAGACAAGUCUAAGACUGUGUAUGAGAUUUCGGGACAUAUGCAUGCGUACUGGACGAGUUUUAUUACGAGUGGUGAUCCGAAUAAGGUGCCUGGCAGGUAUGCGAACAGGAGGAAUUGGCCGGCGUAUGUUAGGGCCGGUGGUGAGGAUGGGAAGGGGAGGAAGGGGGGCGAGGGAAGGCUGUUGGUGUUUGGUGAGGGGAACGACGAAAUUGCUGGGGGAAAGGGAAAGGGUGUUGUGGUGCAGCUUAAGGAUGAUGGAUUUGCCGCUGAGGAAUCGGACUAUUGGUGGGCCAGGACGGAGCUAUUUGAAUUUUGAGGCAAGGGUACGAUGGAAAUUGUUUAUCGUUAAGGUUGACGUGAUAGGAUUAAAUGAUAUCAACACAUCUAUCGCUUACCUAUUUCAGGAUAACAUAUGUAUAGAAAGGGAAUACGAAAAAUUGCUGU